AUGACAAUAACGGCAGUAACGGACGAUAAAGAUACUUACAAUGAUGAAAGAAAACAAGAGCAUGGUAUUUGUACAAAGUGUGCCAGAUAUAAUACAUCAAAGGCACGAUGCAAAUCGUGCGAUCCAAAUCCUGAGGAUGUUAAUGAAGAACCACUAGAGGAUCCUGAUAAUCAAUUUGAAAUUGAAUUACCUCAUGAAAGAGAAGAGGAUGAGGAGCCACCAGAUGCUGAUAAACCUAAUGGAGAAGAAGAAGAAGAACCACCAGAGGAUAUUGACGGUCAAUUUGGAAUGGAAUUACCUGAUAAGAUCGAUGAAGAACCACCAGAGGAUAUUGAUGGUCAAUUUGGAAUGGAAUUACCUGAUAAUAUCAAUGAAGAACCACCAGAGGAUAUUGAUGGUCAAUUUGGAAUGGAAUUACCUGAUAAGAUCGAUGAAGAACCACCAGAGGAUAUUGACGGUCAAUUUGAAAUGAAAUUACCUGAUGAUAUCAAUGAUGAACCACCAGAAGAUAUUGACGGUCAAUUUGAAAUGAAAUUACCUGACAAUAUCAAUGAUGAUAUUAGCAAUGAUGAGCCAGCAGAGGAUAUUGACAAUCAAUUUGAAAUGAAAUUACCUGAUAAUACUAAUGAUGAUAUUAAUGAUGAAGAACCACCAGAGGAUAUUGACAAUCAAUUUGUAAUGGAACUACCUGAUAUUAAUGAUGAUGAACCACCAGAGGAUAUUGAUAAUCAAUUUUCAAUAGAAUUACCAACUAAUCAUGAUAUUGAAGAACAAGUUGAUGAGGAUGAUAAACCUCCAGGUUGGUAG